CUCCCCGAGGAGGAGCCUCAGCCUCCGGCCCCGCGUGCCUCGAAAGGGCCUGGCUGGGGAUUCGGCUUCAGCCCCUCGCUCAGGAGUAAGCCAUGGGUUCCAAAGGAAAUGAAUUGUACAAAGUCACAACUUCUCAGCAAGCAAUUUCCUCUUGUUGUGGUGCUAUGAUUACAUCUCUUUUGGUGACACCCCUAGAUGUUAUCAAAGUCCGGCUACAAGUCCAGAGCAAUCCAUCCCUCAAAGGAAGAUCUUUUCUGGAGUCUGAUGGCCUUAUGGAUCAUGUUUGUGUAUAUGAAAAUGGAACCAAUAAAACUUGUCAAAAGGCAUCUCGGCAGUUUACAGGCAUGAGGGAUGCUUUUGUGAAAAUUAUUCAAAGAGAAGGUGUGAAAGCACUGUGGAGUGGGCUACCUCCAUCACUAGCAGUUUCAGUUCCAACAACAGUAAUUUAUUUUACCUGCUAUGAUCAACUACGUGAUGCCUUCCUUUCUAAACUAGGAGAAGAUAAUGACUACAUUCCACUUAUUGCAGGUGGCAUAGCCAGAUUGUGUUCAGCAACUAUAAUAAGUCCAGUUGAAUUGAUUAGAACAAGAAUGCAGUCUCGACGGUUAACUUACAAGCAGUUGCAUGCUUGCAUUAGUAGUAAUGUAAGCAAAGAUGGCUGGCUUUCACUCUGGAAAGGAUGGGGUCCCACUGUUCUUAGAGAUGUUCCGUUUUCAGCACUUUAUUGGUGUAACUAUGAAUACUUCAAAAAAAGAUUGUGUAAGAGAUUAGGUAAACAUGAGCCAACGUUCCUGAUCGCCUUCUCAUCAGGAGCAGCAGCUGGUUCUAUUGCUGCUUUAUUAACAUUACCAUUUGAUGUAGUAAAAACACACAGACAGACUGAAAUUUGGGAAUCUGAAACAUCAGCAUCACAGCAGAGGCACGCGUCAGUAUGGGAAAUAAUGAAGAGAAUUGUUGCCGAAAAUGGAUUCACUGGCUUAUAUGCUGGUAUUGUUCCAAGACUAACUAAGGUUGCUCCUGCUUGUGCCAUAAUGAUCAGCACCUAUGAAUAUGGGAAGUCUUUCUUCCGUAGAUUAAAUAAAGAAAGAGACAUAAAGAACCGUUAAUGCUGUUUCUCUGAACUUCAAAUAGCAUCAAUAGUCAGUAUGCAAAAACGGGAUCAUUUAACAAGGUCUGCAAGAAAACUUGGGAUUAAAGUAUGGUUCAGAAGCCCCUUACACAUCACUCCUGCCUCAAGGCAGCCCCACUUAGUAGCUGGACCAUCCCCAGUUGUGUAGACGGAAUGGUGUAGAACCCCACACAGAUUCCUGUAUGCCAAAUGAACCUAGCAAGUGAACCUAGUGAACUACUCGCUACUCCUCAGUGCAAGGAGAAAUACAGGUAUAAAAGAGUGUAGUUGCUGUUAUCUACAGAUCUGAUUCAAAUAUUUUCUGUUCCCAGAUAACCUUCUUUGCCUAACCCCUCUGAACACACCCUCUUUCUCAGGUUCCAAAAUUAGUUCAGAAAAUGCAGCUAGUUACCAGAUAGUAGGAUACAAUUUGGUUGCAUUUAGCACUUUGGAAAAAAGUACUUUUCAGACUGUGUAUAAUGAUAUUUUUCAACAGAAAAAUGCUAGCUUAGGCUCCUUUAUUUUUACUGCAAAAUGCUGACAAUGAAUUAUCAUUCUUUCCUUGAAGAAACAUUUGCCACUGGUCCACAGCGAAUUGCUUUACCUGAGUGUAAUUGAUGCUUUUCUGAUCAUGUGACUCACGAAGCCAGACUAGCUGUUAUUAUAUGAAUAUGUCAAGAAGAAUAAUGAAAUAUAUGCAAGUUCGUAUGAUAAAACUGUACAGAUGUUUAAAAUAUCCAGAUCAAGAAACUGCCUUUUUAUAUAUAUAUUGACGUAAAUUUUUUUUGUUAUCUACUCUGAACCUGCAGAAUGACAAUAGCUAGAAAUGACUGUCUUUUGUAUUAAACGUUCCUCUCAGAAAGGGGAAAAACCCCACAAUUUCAUGCAUGAUACGUAGCCCUUACUGCUCUAUUCAUGAAAACUGCCUUUGGGCAAAUUAUUACAUGUAUUACCCUUACAACUGCAGAUCUAGUUCUCUGGCCAAAGCUGAGUUAUGGGUCCUUCCAAGCAAAGGGAGAAAUGCCUAGUUUCCAAACUGACUGUUUAUCAGCUAAUACAUUGAGUACACCCAUGCUGUUUCAAGAUGUUUAGCUGCAACACACAUUCAAUCAUAUUUUCAGGUAUAAAAGUUAACUCUUGGUUAGCAGUUACAUUUAUCUGAGUCAUGUCAAAAUACUUCUACUAAAACUAAAACAUUUUGAAUGAGGAUUUCAGAAGACUUCCUGUUAAAUUAAUUGUAGUGGGCUCAUUCUAGCCUUGUAGCAAUGCACCAGAAUGCUUUGGCUGUUGAAAGCCAUGCCCUCACUUCUGUGCCUGUUUGAUCAAUUCCAUUGUGUAAUCUAUAGCCAAUUCCAAUAUUGAUAGAAUGAAAUGUGAAUAGGUGAGUAUUGUUAAGCAGAUUGAAUGAAAAAAAUUGAGAUUGUUGACACUGAGUAGUAUUUAAUUCGUUUUUCAUAAAAAUGUGACAGUUUGCAAAAGGGAAAUAUUUAAAAGUAGUAAAUACUUAACCAGAAUGUUAGACUUGUUUCAUAAGCUGUGUACUUCGAAGGUAUGUUUAAUAUUAAAAUCAACUUUUGGAAAACAA